GAAGACACAUGAACACAUUUAUACUUCCAUAUGACCUUCAAAUCGUUUUAUUAAACCAUGGAUCAAAAUCCCAUUCAGAUGAUAGCUGAACGAUCUCAGUUCUUACGACAACAACAUUUGGAAAGUUUGGUCGCACCGGUAAUAAAUGCACAAAUCGAUUCAUUACGACGUAUGAAGAAAAAAUUCGAGGAAAAUCAAGCAAAUAUAGAGAGAAAGGUUGACGAUUUGUCUGGACAACUCAAUGAAAUCAUCAACUUGCAUAAGUUCUUGGCAGAGAAAGUCGAAAACAUAGAAGAGAACAUUCCAAAGGAGAUUGUGCGGCAAAGUAGAUUUUUGAAUGAACCAUUGAUAAAUGCCAUCGGCCAUCUACAACAAGCAUUUACUUCAACAAAUGAUGAUGUUAAAGUGGUAAAUCACAACGUCAUUGCAGGACUUGGUCGUAUGGAAUCUAUUUACGACAAAGCUGUUCUCAUUUCGAAUCAUACCAAGGAUCUGAUCAAAGAGUUCAAACCCGUUUCACCAGAUCUAAGUAGUCAAAAAAGUUUGAGGGAGAACAUCGACGAUACAUUGAGUAAUACCAAGAAACUCAUCACCGAUAUGGCAGGCAACAAAUCAUUUUUCAAUACCAUAAUUGAAACAAAUCGAGAAGUAAAUUAUACGAAUACAAAGACGCUCUCAGAAUCAAUCAAUCAUGUUGCAGAGAACAUCGAAAAAAUCAACGAUAUCCUUCCAAAGAUCUUCACUCAAACAGAAGCCACAGGAAAUAUAUUUCCGAAAAUCCAAUCACUUGUCAUCGAUAAUAAAGUUAUGAGCGAGAAAUUGCCGAGUCUCUUUACCAAUACCACAAUCAUUUCGGACUCGAUCAAAGAUCUUCAUAUAAAGUUGGGGGUUGUCCAAGGGAAUGUGGGAAAACAAUUUGGUGACUUCCUCAAGAAUUUAGAAGGAAAGAUAGAUGGCAUACCUGCAGCUACGAAGACUAAGUUCGAUCCUUCUCUCGACGACCUUGUGAAGAAGGUGGAUGAUAUAUCUGAUUCUGCGAAUACCAAAUUCAAUAUUUCUAUCGAAGCUAUGACGAAAAAGGUGGAUGAUAUGCCACAAACUACGAAGAUUGAGAUGGAUAAAUUUUUCCAAGUGUUGACGAAGAAGCUGGAUGACAUUCCCCAAACCACAAAGAAUGAGCUGCAUACUAACUUUGAAGCGUUGAAGGAACAGGUGGAUCAUGCAAUGAAGAACACAAAUAUCGAGCUCGAUAACUCUUCCAAUGUGUUGACGAAGAAGAUAGAAGAUAUAAAACAGGGUACGAAGACCAAGCUCGAUGAAUGUUUUAACUAUCUUGCGAAAAAGGUAGACGAGAUCCCACAGAAUACUAAGACUAGUCUGGAUAGCUCGUUUGAAGCUUUCACCAAAAAAAUGGAGGAGAUACCUCUAGAAUUCAAAAGUUCUUUUGAUGCCACAAAGAAGAACAUUGAUGACUUUCCGAGUAACCUUAGAAAGGAAUUUGAUGAGUCUUUUGAUCUAGUUCAGAUAACUGUUGAUAGGUUUCCUGGUAUCUUUCGAAAAGAAUUCGACGAGUCUUUUGCCGUACUUAACACAGCUAUGGAUGGGUUUCCUGAUGCCAUGAAGAAGAACAUUGAUAGCAUUCCUGGUAUCCUUCGAAAAGAAUUCGACGAGUACUUUGCCGUACUUAAAACAGCUAUGGAUGGGUUUCCUGAUGCCACGAAGAAUAACGUUGAUGGUAUUACAAGUGGUCUACGCCAAGAAUUUGACGAUUCAAUAGGAGAAUUAAAGACAGUCAUCGAUCAAUUUCCGGACACAGUGAAGACGAUUUUCAAGGAGCUUUUAGAUGCUGUGCAACAAAAAUUCAAACAAAACGAUCUCAAGGCAGAAGAACUUCGAAAACUUCGAGAAGAUUACGCUAAAUUUCAAAAUCAUAUUGAAGAAUUGACAUCUAAUGUGCAAUCUCUCGUCCCAAUCACUUCGGAGGAUUACAAUACAUCAAUCACGGAAGCAUUCGAUAAGUUCCAAAAAAGUUUCAACAAUUCUUUCAACGAUCAAUCAAAUCAAAUCAACUUGGCCAAUACAAAGGAAGCAUAUGAGUCCGGUAUCAACACAUUGAAGACAGAAUUUGUGAAGGUGUUGGACGAUCACACUGAUGAUAUGGCGAAAAGACUUGAUACUUCAAUUACUGAUUACAAGAAUGACGCAAGUAAGAAGAGGGAAGAAUUAUCCGAGCGGUUCGAAGAAACUUUGAGAUCUAUCGCGGUAUCUAUAUCACAAUCAGAUAUUGAAGGAAACAUCCGAGAGCAUGCAGAUCGUGUCAUUGAGGUCGUUCAGAGAUUGCCAACAUCUGAGCAAUUAAUCUACCACAUCUCGGAAGCCUUAAAGGAAAAGUGUGAAGAAGUUGCUUUUGAGUACCACAACGUUACGAACGCUACAAUUUAUUAUCAUGCCUCAGAUAUGAUGGAAAAGAUUCAACAUCUUCUGGAUAACAUGUACCCUAAAUUCUGGGAUGCUAAUGUUUUGAUGGCAAGACAAUCAAGGAAAGACGUUAUUGAAGUAAUUGAGAGAAUUGUACCAAAGGAGUGUGGUUCUGUCAAAAUUGCUUUGUCUAACAAAGUAGAUGAAUUUCUUAAUCAGUCAAGGGAACCAACCACACCUUCAAUCAAGACUCCAAUGUUUCGCCCAAUACCGCGUUGGAAUUUUGAUGAAAUUCAGUUUAAAUGUUCGGAAUUGGAACUUGGUGAACGUAGCCAUCCAUCAAAUCCUUCUACCCCAGUACCGAUUCAGAAAACGAAAUUGCCAGAUGGUUGGUCUCCCGAUAUCAUAUCAGAUGAUGAACAUUUCGAAAAUUCGAUCCAUUCGUCUACACCCAUAACAUUCACGCAUCAAUUACCGCCUGCGGCACCUCAAUUAUCACCUGGUCCACCUCAACUAUCACCUGGUCCACCUCAACUAUCACCUGGUCCACCUCAACUAUCACCUGGUCCACCUCAACUAUCACCUGGUCCACCUCAAUCAUCACCCGGUCUACCUCAAGUAUCACCUGGUCUACCUCAAUCAUCACCUGGUCUACUGGAUCGACCAUCAAAGCGACUUCGGUCAGAAGAACCAUCUUUUCGCUUGAUGGAUAUCGGCUAUGCCUUUUCAAAGGGUAAAUCUAGAAGGAAAAGACCGGAAACUCUGAACGUCAACCUACCCGAAAGAAUUAUACAACUCAUUCUUCAAAUAGAUAAAGAAUUUCCAAAGAAUCGUGUAAAUUUCAUUAAAUUGAGCAAGGAAGUGAAUUUGUGUUGGGUUACUUAUGUCAGAGACUUAGAAGUUAUUGAAUGGAACAAGGAAGGGGAAUGUGCGAAUUGUCUUCAAGCUAGAAACAGAGGAGAGGAAAUUACUUGUUUUGAUUAUGAAUCUUUAAAGACUAUUCGUGUUUACAAAGAAGGUAGUUAACAUGGGGGCGAGAUGCGUAUUGCUCAAAGAAAUUAACUUAAGCUUGAAGUUGA